AUGCCGGACUUCGCUCCCCGUAGUCUUUCCCCACUUCCAUCUGCACUGUUCACACGCUUUCUAUUUAUCUCUGCCAUCCUUCCUUGGCCCAACCCUUCGAUAUCGCUGUUUGCAUUGUUGUACAGCAUCUUAAAAUCAUCCUUUUGCACUUUUAGCUGCACCUUUCACUCCAGUUUUCUACACUACGGAAAAAAAAAAAAAAAGGAACGAAAGGCUUGA